AUGGUGUUAGCGGUGCUAUCUGGUCUCUUUGAGGUGGUUUUUUAUUUUAUUUUUUCGAGUUUGCAUUUAUUUUGAACUCUUUAAGUAAGUGAUUAUGAGUGAAAAUGUAAAAUGAAUUUUUUGAAGAAGAAAUUUGGAUUUUUAGUUAGUUUUUGGGAUUUCUGGGAAUAUCAAUCAAUCAAAUUAUUUUCGAAACAUAUUUAAAACUUUUUUUCUUAAAAGAUUUUUUUUGCAGACAUCUUUGCUGCAUUUAACGAUAGAAGGUGUUUUAUUAUUGACGGUCGUUUAUUUGGUUUUCCGGAUGAAUAGGCCUAAUAAGGAUCGGUCCUCACAUCGACUCACGGAAAAGGUUUUUUUCUGGAAGAAUAGUCCGUUUUUCGCGACUUGGGACUUCUCUGCGCCUUCUCAUCUUGCCGUGCUGUUUCCAUGUUUCUAUGACCUCGCCGGCGAGGGAACACAGAGACGCAGACAGGCGAAAACUUUCAAGUCGCGGCGAAUGGACUAUAGCUAUAACUGUUUCACGGCUGGCUUGAGCCAUCUAAAAAAAAAAAGGGUCCUGACACAAUAAUGCACGAGACAGUGCCUGGCUCGUGGAGAGUGCAGACAGGCCACGCCUUUUUGCGUCCCAAGCUGGCCGUGAACCGUCUAUAGGAUUAUUAUUGAACAAAAACUGAUUUGAUUCAGCAAAAAGACGAACUGAUCGCUGAAUGGGUGCCCGAUCCAUUGGUCCCCGAAACGCCUCAAGAUCAUCAUGUCUUGAAUCCGAGAUUCGCUGAUGGGUUUGUUAAUGGAAAUACUUUCCGGGUUGUUUAGUCAUAGACAGGGUGAUACCAAAGGACUUUAAGUCAUAUGAAAAACCGCCUCUGGCGAACUAGAACUUCAGACGUGUAGUUGAUCAAGUUGAAAGCGUGGUCUUACGGUUCUUCACCUUGUUAUUCUGCACGUAGUUCAUCUAGUAGAACCUUUACGAGCUCAGAAAUUAGGGGUGUUGUAGCUGGAGCCUGGAGACGUGUUCUAGGUUGAGUUUUUGAAAUAAUAACAGCCACAGAAGAGUGAAGGUUUCACACGGAACUUGACAGAAAAUCUGCAGAAAGAUGACGAAAAACGUGAGCAUCGAGGGACAAACCUACCUGAACAUGGCCUCUUCGAACUUCCUCAGCUUUAUCGGAGAAAGUCGUAUCGAGGUGGGAAAGUUUCAAAUUUUUCUAGUUUUCGAAUAAAAGUUCAAAAUUCAAGUGCAACUACGAGGUUGGUAGAUGGUCUGGGAUAAUGUAACUUAAGAUCACGAAGGAAAAUGUGUCAUGUUCUUUCAAAAUAAAGGAAUUGUUUCUUGUUCCAGGAACGCACGAAACAGACCAUCUUCAAGUACGGCGUCGGCUCCUGCGGUCCCCGAGGCUUCUACGGAACCGUCGAUGUUCAUCUGGACCUCGAGGCCGAGCUGGCCAAGUUCCUCCACUGUGAAGAGGCCGUCCUGUACAGCUACGGUUUCGCGACCGUGUCCAGCGCGAUUCCGGCCUACGCCAAGAAGGGCGACAUCAUCUUUGCUGAUGAAGGUGCGAAGAAAUCUGGAUUCUUCUGAAGAAUUUGUGUUCUAGGCGUGAACUUCGCCAUCCAGAAAGGCCUCCAGGCGUCUCGGAGCCGAGUCGAGUUCUUCAAACACAACGAUAUGGAGGAUUUGGAGCGGAUUCUGAAGAUCCAGGAAGAGAAGGACAACAAGGUUUUCUUGACUCGGAAAGUCAAUUUUUUCCCAAAUUCAGGACCCCAAAAAAGCGGCGAAAAUUCGAAGAUUCCUGGUCGUUGAAGGGUUGUACGUAAACACUGCUGACCUCUGUCCUCUUCCGAAGAUUAUCGAGUUCAAUGGAAGUACAAGGUUGGUAGAUUGGCUGGGUUACUGUAGCUCAAUAUUUACUGUGUCCAGUAGAAGUACAAGGUUGGUAGAUUGGCUGUGUUACUGUAGCUCAAUAUUUACUGUGUCCAGUAGAAGUACAAGGUCGUCAGAAUGGUUAGGUUACUGUAGCUCAAUAGUUACUGUGUCAAGUGGAAGUAUAAGGUUGAUAGGACGGCGGGUUACUGUAGAACAAUAUGUCAAGUGAAAUAACAAGGUUGGUAGAACGGCUAGAUUACUGUAGCUUAAUGUUUACGGUGUCCAGUGGAAGUAAAAGGUUGUUAGAAUGGCUAGGUUACUGUAGCUCAAUGUUUACGGUGUCCAGUGGAAGUACAAGGUUGUUAGAAUGGCUAGGUUACUGUAGAUUACCAUUUACUGUGUCGAUUGGUAGUACAAGCUUGCUAGAACGGCGGGUUACUGUAGCUCAAUAUGUGCUGUUUCGAUUGGUAGUACAAGGUUAGUAGAACCGCUGGGUUACUGUAGUUUUAAAUAUACUGUAUUUUUUUUAUAGUGAAUUACUAGUAGGAUUUUUUGCACGUUUAGCGAGUUUUUUCGGGUUACUGUAGGAUGCAUUGUAGAGCCUUUUUUAUAUUCUUUAUAUUGGUUACUGUAGAAGUAUUGACUCUGUAGGUGGAUGAACCAUUAUUGUAUCUAUAAAAUGUUUUUCACAUCAUUUUGAAGAGCUACUACUGUCGUUUGGGUACUGUAGAACGAUUUUGAGGCUACUGUAGCUUGAAAAAGAAAAAAAAACUCGAUUCGUUGCUGUGAUGUUGCUCGACUAGAAAAAAAUUCGAAAAUUUUCAUGCAAAUCUAAAAAUUGAGGUUAUCGUAGUCGAAGUGAUACUGUAGACCGAUUUUUGAGGUUACUAUAGUCGCAAUGGUACCAUCAGACGAUUUGUAUUGUUUUUUUUCUUUCUCAGAAAGAAGGAAUUUCAAGAACCAAGAAAAUCGGAAAUUCAUAUUUUUUUUGAAAUUUUAUUUUUGAGGUCCGUGUGUUCGUCGACGAAAGCUGGUCUUUUGGAGUCCUUGGAAAGACAGGAAGAGGUGAGAUUUAUUUCAAAAAUAAGAAAUUGAGACUAGAAAGUGUACAUAAAAGACCAAACAUUUACAAAUGACAAUUAGCGUUCUAAUUUCUUAAAGCUCUCUGAAAGAUUCUGUUCUUUUGGUGGAAAUAAUACAAUACAUACAGAAAAUACAUACAGAAAUGGAAUGGUUACCCAUUUUUACCCAAUUUGGUGAAGAAAGCGAGAGAUUGGAAAGGUAUGAAGAAACGGCAGAGAAACGAGGGUGCUCUCGUGGUCUGGCGUCUCUUCGGGAUCUUGAAAUCUCUCACCUUCCCCUUUAAGAUGAAGCGUGGUAUUGAGUGUGAACGAAAGAUGAUUCACCGCUGA